AUGGAGAGCUUGCGGGGCGAAAAGGGCGGGCCUGUCUCUAUAGGACUGGCAUCACCGUCGCCAUCACCGUCACCGUCACCAUCACCGUCAUUAUCCCCCGCGACAGAGCCAACAGCACCAAGUCCACCCUCUGAGCAAUCUCGCUCGCCAGAGAAAACCACCAGCACCACUCCCCUAGUCGAAUCUCAAUCCACCGCCAACCCCCCACCAACCGUCGACCUCGCCCCCAAAACAAACAACGAACCCACCACACUUCAGACACCCCUCUCCACAACAACAAGCAUAGCCAUAAUCGGCGGCGGAAUCAUCGGCCUGAUAACGGCCCUGGGCCUCCUCCACCGCGGGCUGCACGUAACAGUCUACGAGCGCGCGAGCAAACUCACCGAGACGAGUGCGGGCUUCUCCUUCAAUGCCGUCGCGCGCGAGGCAAUGGAGUUCAUCUCCCCGCGCGUCCGCGAGGCACUGCGCAAAGUAGCGGCGCCGAAUGAGUAUCCGUUUAUCCGGUAUUUUGAUGGAUACACGCCCGUGACUGGGAGCGGAGAAGAAGGCGAGGGAGAAGGGGGCGUGGAAGAGCCGCUGUGGCAGAUUCCUGCGGACAGGCCGGAUUACCACGGGUGUUUGCGGGCGGCGUUUCUGGAGGCGCUUGGAAAGGAGAUUCCCGAGGGGGUUUUGCGGUUUGGGAUGGGGCUUGAGGGGUAUGAGGAGGUUGAGAGUGAGGAGGGGGGGAAGGUGAGGUUGAGGUUUGCGGGUGGGGAGGUGGUUGAUGUUGAUGCUGUCAUCGGCUGCGACGGAAUCAAGUCACGCACUCGCCAGAUCAUGAUCGGGGAAGAUGACCCCGCUGCGCUGCCGGGAUUCACACACAUGGUCGCCUACCGCGCCGUGAUCCCCCUCGAGGCCGUUGUGGCUGCCAUGGGCGAGGACAAGGGGUACAGCCACUGUCUGCACGUCGGGCCGGGAGCAUACACAGUCACAUAUCCGAUUGCAAACAACACGCUCAGCAACAUGAUCCUCUUCUGCAAAACAUCCACCCCCUGGCCCGACACGAACCGCCUCCUCGCCACCUGCCACCGCAGCACCGCGCAAGCCGCCGUCAGCGCGUGGAAGCCCGACGUCCGCGGCGUCGUCGACCUCCUCCCAGAGACGCCCACCAAAUGGGCCAUCUUCGACAUGUCCGCGCACCCGGCCAAGACAUACACAAAGGGGUGUGUCUGCAUCGCCGGCGAUGCCGCGCACGCCAGCACGCCCUUCCUCGCGUCUGGCGCAGCGAUGGGCGUCGAGGAUGCGGCGGUGCUCGCGGCGACGCUGGAGACUGCGCUCAAUAAACCUGAUACUGGGACACCCGGCGAGAAGACUGUCGCAAUCACGGCGGCGUUUCGGGCGUUUAGUGCGCUGCGCUUGGAGCGGUCGCAGAUGGUUGUGCGGUACUCGCGGGAAGUUGGGGAGAUGUGCAUGUGGCAGGAUGAGGAGGUUGGGCGGGAUCCGAAGCGGUGUUUUGAGGAGAUUUGGAGGAGGUAUUGCGAUGUGUGGGAGUUUGAUGUACCGGAGAUGGUGGAGGGGGCGAGGAAAGAGUGCCGGCGGUUGCUGGAGGGUGGUGCCUGUGCUAAGACGUCGGGGAGCGUCUAG